UUAGACAUGGGGGCUUUGCUUAUGGUGAUUGCUCGUCAGAAAAGCAAAGAUGAUAACUAAGAGUAUGGCGUCGAUGCUGACCUCGCCUUCUUUGAUUCAACCGAGAAAUUAGGAUCUCUCUCUCUAUCUUCUUCUUCUUCUUCUUCUUCCACCUGCAACCUAUAUAAAUGGCCUCCGCUCCUCUAAUCCACGCGCGCUGUGGUUACUCGCCCAGAUUCAGUAGCAGCAGUAAUCGACGGAAUGGAGGAGGAGGAGCUCUAGGUUCGUCGCCGUCGUCGUCUUCUUCGCCUUCGUCGUCGUGUUGCUCUUCUUCGUAUUUGGCCUUCUCUUCUGGGGCGUAUAAUUGCUGGAGGAACCAAGGACUCAGAGCUCACGCUAUGACCAGUCAGGGGAAUUUUGCUUCUUCCUCCAGAGGUGUUGCGAGUGCGGAGAAGAAGCCUGAUCAUCUUCUCGUACUUGUUCAUGGCAUAUUGGCUAGCCCGAGUGAUUGGACAUACGUGGAAGCAGAAUUACGGAAGCGUCUAGGCAGAAGCUUCUUAAUCUAUGCAAGUUCAUGCAACACGUACACAAAAACUUUUGCCGGGAUUGAUGGAGCUGGAAAGAGACUGGCAGAUGAAGUCAUGCAAGUUGUGCAAAAGACUGAUAGCCUGAAGAAAAUCUCAUUCUUAGCCCAUUCUCUAGGGGGCUUGUUUGCAAGAUACGCAAUAUCUGUUCUUUACAGACCCAAUGAUAUUCCCAAUUCACCUCUUGUAAAUUCAAAAGCAACACACUCUUUGAGACGAGGAAAGAUUGCCGGUUUGGAGCCAAUCAAUUUUGUAACAUUGGCAACCCCACAUCUUGGGGUAAGGGGGAAAAAGCAGCUUCCAUUUCUUUUAGGUGUACCAUUGUUAGAAAAGCUGGCUGCGCCAAUUGCUCCUAUUGUUGUUGGUCGAACUGGUAGUCAGCUGUUCCUCACUGAUGGUAAACCUGAAAAACCACCGCUUCUUUUGAGAAUGGCAUCUGAUUGUGAAGAUGGAAAUUUUGUAUCUGCAUUGGGAUUGUUUAGAUCUCGGAUUCUUUAUGCUAAUGUAUCUUAUGAUCAUAUGGUUGGUUGGCGUACAUCAUCCAUAAGGAGAGAGACAGAAAUUUUUAAGCCUCCUCGCCGGUCUUUGGUUGGCUACAAGCAUGUUGUAGAUGUAGAGUAUUGUCCCCCAGUUUCCUCUGACGGCCCCCAUUUUCCUCCUGAAGCAGCUAAGGCGAAGGAGGCAGCCCAAAGUAAACCCAACCAACAGAACACCUUGGAAUAUCAUGAAAUUGUUGAAGAUGAAAUGAUACGAGGCUUACAACAGUUGGGAUGGAAAAAAGUUGAUGUCAGCUUUCAUUCUGCACCUUGGCCAUUCUUCGCCCACAACAACAUUCAUGUAAAAAAUGAAUGGCUUCACAAUGCUGGUGCUGGAGUGGUUGCACACGUUGCUGACACUCUAAAGCAACAAGAAUCCUCCACAUUGACUGCCAGCUUAUAGCUAUAAUCUGUAUCUAUCAUCCUGCACCAGUGGACGGCCUAGAUGUUUCAAAGGUUGAUAGUGAAGGAGUAGUUGCUGCUAUUACAGAUGAUAAUAUGGUUGCCCAGCUCUAUUUCUCGGUAUCGCCUCCUAGGAAUACCAUGUAAUCGAAAGAGGAGUUGGAGUUCAAAUGUGAAUUGGAUCACAGGUUUCCUUUGGUUAAUGGGCAAUCUGCACAGCAUACCAAUACCAAUCCUUUGGAGACCAUCGAAUGCGAGGCCUAUUUCUCAUCAUAUAGUAACUUGUAUCUUGUCCUCGUUGUUUCUGCUUUUAUUUUCAUUGCUUUUAUUCUUCUGGUUUUCCAGCAUUUUGAUGACCAGCCGGAUGAUGAUCCCACAAUUCAUGACAACAUUUUACUGAAUCAA